GGCGGUUGGCAGGUGAGUUGCCUGGUCUCCCGGGCUCCAAUCACUCCGGAGACUGAGCCAUGAGGGGAAAGCAGGACAUGGACGUGGAGGAGACUUACGGGAAACCGGUCAAAUAUGACCCUUCCUUUCGAGGCCCCAUCAAGAACAGGAGCUGCACAGAUGUCAUCUGUUGUGUCCUCUUCCUUCUCUUCAUUCUGGGUUACAUUGUGGUGGGGAUCGUGGCAUGGGUGUAUGGAGACCCCCGGCAAGUCCUCUACCCCAGGAACUCUACUGGGGCCUACUGUGGCUUAGGGGCAAACAAAGAUAAACCCUAUCUCCUAUACUUCAACAUCUUCAGCUGCAUCCUGGACACCAACAUCAUCACCGUCGCUGCACAAGGCCUGCAGUGCUCCACACCCCAGGUGUGUGUGUCUUCCUGUCCGGAGGCCCCGUGGGUCGUGAGUAACAGUGAGCUCUCACAGACGGUUGGGGAGGUCUUCUACGCCGCAGGCCGGGAUGUCUGUUUGCCGGGGGUGCCCUGGAGUAUGCCAGUACACCAAAGCCUGCAACAAGAGCUGUGCCCCCGUUUCCUCCUUCCUUCUACUCCAGCUCUGGGGCGCUGUCUUCCAUGGGUCAAUAACAGUGCUUGGCCCGAACUGCCAGGGAUCUCCGGCAACAACACCAUCUACCAGGGGAUCAGCCUCAGUGCUCAUGACAUCAGCAUUAAGAUCUUUGAAGAUUUUGCCAAAUCUUGGUCUUGGAUUCUUGUUGCCCUCGCCGUGGCUCUGGUCCUGAGCUUGCUGUUUAUUUUGCUUCUGCGCCUGGUGGCUGGGCCUAUGGUGCUGGUCCUGAUCAUAGGGGUGUUAGGCGUGCUGGCAUAUGGCAUCUACCACUGCUGGAAAGAGUACCAAGCGUUGCAGGGAGAUCCAAACGCUUCCAUCAGCCAGCUGGGCUUCACCACCAACCUCAGUGCCUACAGCAGCGUUCGGGAGACCUGGCUGGCAGCCAUGAUUGUACUGGCUGUGCUGGAAGGCCUCCUGCUGCUCAUGCUCAUCUUCCUGCGGCAGCGGAUCCGUAUCGCCAUCGCCCUCCUGAAGGAGGCCAGCAAAGCUGUGGGACUGAUGAUGUCUACCAUGUUCUACCCGCUGAUUACUUUUGUCCUCCUGUUCAUCUGCAUUGCCUACUGGGCCAUGAUUGCUCUGUACCUGGCCACAUCAGGACAACCUCAGUAUGUCUUCUGGGCGCCCAACGUCAGCUUAGCCAGCUGUGAGACGGCACCAGUGAAUACAUCAUGCGACCCCAUGGCUCAGCCCAUGAACUCCUCGUGCCCAGGGCUGAUGUGCGUCUUCCAAGGCUACUUGUCCACAGGCCUGGUACAACGUUUUCUCUUCAACUUGCAAAUCUACGCAGUCCUGGGGCUAUUCUGGACCCUCAACUGGGUCCUGGCCCUGGGCCAGUGUGUUCUGGCUGGGGCCUUUGCCUCCUUCUACUGGGCCUUAAACAAGCCCCGGGACAUUCCCACCUUCCCUCUGAGUGCUGCCUUCGUCCGCACACUACGUUACCACACAGGGUCUCUGGCCUUUGGGGCCCUCAUCCUGGCCCUUGUGCAGAUAGCCCGAGUCAUCUUGGAGUAUGUUGAUCACAAACUGAGAGGAGCCCAGAAUCCUAUAGCCCGCUGCAUCAUGUGCUGCUUCAAGUGCUGCCUCUGGUGUCUGGAAAAGUUUAUCAAGUUUCUGAACCACAACGCAUACAUCAUGAUUGCCAUCUACGGGAAGAAUUUCUGUGUCUCAGCCAAAAAUGCCUUCAUGCUACUCAUGCGGAACAUUGUCAGGGUGGUUGUCCUGGACAAAGUCACAGACCUGCUGCUGUUCUUCGGGAAGCUGCUGGUGGUGGGUGGUGUUGGUGUUCUGUCCUUCUUUUUUUUCACUGGUCGCAUCCCUGGGCUGAGUAAAGACUUUGAGAGUCCCCACCUCAACUAUUACUGGUUGCCCAUCAUGACCUCCAUCCUGGGGGCCUACGUCAUUGCCAGCGGCUUUUUCAGCGUUUUUGGCAUGUGUGUGGACACACUCUUCCUCUGUUUCUUGGAAGACUUAGAGCGGAACGACGGCUCCCUGGACCGCCCCUACUACAUGUCCAAGGCCCUUCUGAAGAUUUUAGGCAAGAAGAACGACGCGCCCCCAGAGAACAGGAGAAAGAAGUGAGAGAGACGCGACCUUGAACCAGGACUGCACCCUGCCUAUACAGCCUCCCAGCCUCAUCCCCCUUUCAGGUCUUGAUUUUGUUGUAAAAAGAUUUUAUUAAAGAUUGAUAUUUUAUUCCUUCGA